AAACGUGUGCUCUCACAUUUACAGUUCGUUUCAUCCGUUCUGGAUUUUUUUCGUUUAGUGAUUUGAAAGUAACAAAUGUGACUUUGAAAAAUAUGGCCAUGAUAUAAAACCCUCGAUUGUUGCUGCUGGACACAGCCUUUCCUAACCUCCUUCCUCUGCCAAACUCAAGUUUGAACAUUAGUUUUCCUUGGUGGCUCACUUAAUGACAAAUGGGUAGAGAUAGCAGGUCACAUAAGAAGAGAUCUCGUUCCAGAUCAUCAAGUAGAGAUAGGACUCGGCGCUCUCGAAGUCGAGAAAGAAAUAAGGAGAGGGAAAAGAAGAGAUCUCGUAGUAGGAGCCCAGAAAAGGGAAGAGCUAAAACAAGCCGAAAGCCACGAGAGCGAGAGAGAGAAAGAGACAGAAAAAGAAAACGAUCAGAAAGCAGCUCUUCUCACAGUGCAUCAUCAAGUAGAAGUCGCAGCCGUAGUCCCAAGAAAAAAGAUAAGGAGAAGGAUAGCCAGCAGAGAAAGCGUCGCUCACGAAGCAGGAGUGCAGAAAGGAAAUCAAAGAAGGAGAGGCCUCGCAGUAAGGAAAGAGACAGAGAUAAGGGGAAGGAGAGGAAAAAGCGUUCAAGGAGCCGUGAUCGCUCAAGUUCUCCUGGGGCAAGAUCAAAAAGUAGGAGUCCAGAUAAGGAACAAAAAAAGUCCAAAAGCAGAGACAAGAGGAGAAGAGAGGAAGAUGACAAUUCAGAUCGGAGCAAAGAAACUAAAAAGUCAAAGGAGUCAAAAAAGGAAACCACAAGUUCAAGUGUUGAUGAAAAACAUGAAGAGGAUGAUAAAGAUGCAGAACAGAAAAGAUUAGAGGAUGAGAUGCAGAAGAGAAGGGAAAGAAUCGAGGCUUGGAGGGCUCAGCGUAAAAAGGAACAGGAAGAAAAACAGCAAGAGGAGAAACAACAACAAGAAAUGACAAGUAAAGAUCAACAAAAGAAGAAAAAAGCCUGGAGCCUGGAAGAUGAUGAUGACGAUGAUGAGGAGGAAGAGGAAGAGGAGGCAGGAGAAGGAAUUAAGGAAGAGAUGCAGGAUGAAGAUGAUGAGCCUAAAAAGAAGUUCUUAGGAAACAAAAAAGAGCCGGCGAGUGUUACAAAUGGAAAAAUCAAAGAGGAACCGGUAAGUCCACUGUGUUUAUUUUUCCACUGUAACUAA